AUGACAUCAUUUGAAGCUUUUUAUGGAAGAAAAUGUAAAACGUUGUUGUAUUGGUCUGAGUUGAACGAAACCAAAAUGAUGGGGAUUGAUUUGAUUCGAGAAAUUGGAGAUAAGGUUCCAAUUAUUCAUGAUAGUUUGAAAGUAGCAUCUGAUUGUCAGAAGUCAUAUGCAGAUUUGAAAAGAAAAUACAUUGAGUCUGUUGUUGGCGAUCGAGUAUUCUUAAAAGUUUCUCCGUGGAAGAAAGUACUACGUUUUGGCAGGAAGGGAAAGCUGAGUUUGAGAUUUAUCAGACCGUACGAGAUUAUUGAAAGAGUUGACCCUGUAGCCUACAGAUUAGCUUUACCUCCCAAACUCGAGAAAAUUCAUAAUGUAUUUCACAUUUCAAUGAUAGGAAGGUACAAAUCUGAUCCAUCAUACAUGAUUCCUCACAGUGAAGUUGAAUUACAGCUAGAUUUGACGUAUUUUGAAGAACCAGUGAAAAUUUUGGCUCGAGAAGUUAAAGAACUUCAGAAUAAACGAUUACCGUUGGUGAAAAUUUUGAGGCAUCGGCAUGGUGCUGAAGAGGCUAUCUGGGAAACUGAAGAAUUAAUGAAAUUACAACAUCCGAAUCUAUUUUUAGGUAACAAUUUCGAGGACAAAAUUUUCUAA